ACUCCACUUUCUUCGUCAAGCAUGUCCCAUAGCGAUAUCUCGCCGCCAUCAAGCUACCAGGAGCUAAGCCAAAUCAAGGGUUUGGACCCCACGGUGGCCAAACUCCUACCUUCCAUCAACUCACAAGGUGGUGACAUAACCAGAAAUUUAAUAGACACAUCUGUCAACACUCAGAAGCUAAGACGUUCGUCGUCGUUUUCAACGUUCUUGGACGAAAGCAGAAGAAACUCCACCGCCUCUGAUAUCAAUAUCCCCGGGGGAUUCCGAAGACAAUACAUCAUCAACCAGUCCAUCAAAAACAAUCGCCUGCCACCCAAGUUCUUAACAAAUAACUUGAUUGAAUUCUUGAAUAUCUACUCGAACUUCGCCGGGGAGGACUUGAGUGAUGACGAGUAUGACAGCUACAACCAGGACACCACCGCUGAUGAAGAAAGCUUGUUGUUGCCGGAAGAGCCUAUUCUUGUACACCAAAUGAACCAGCGGAUGCCGAAGUCAAAUGUGAAGACAUACUUUUUGGUGUUCAAAGCAUUGGUGGGUUCGGGUAUACUAUUCCUUCCCAAGGCGUUUUCCAACGGGGGGUUGAUAUUCUCUAUCAUCACCUUGAAUAUUUUUGGGGUAUUGACAUUUAUCUGUUAUAUGCUUUUGAUUGUCCUGAAAAACUACUUCAAAUUGGGCUCUUUUGGAGAACUUGGAUUCCAGACAUAUGGGAGUCCCAUGAAAGUGUUGAUAUUGAUAUCAAUAUUGAUCAGCCAGAUCGGAUUUGUGUCUACGUAUAUCUUAUUCACCACCUCAAACAUGGCGAGUCUCUUCCACUUGAGCCAAUUCAAUCUAGUAGUACUGCAAUUUAUAUUGCUUAUCCCCUUGGUGCUCAUUCGGAAAAUCGGCAAGUUAUCAUUCAUCUCGUUGGUCAGCUCGGUGUGUAUUUUGAUUGGAUUGGUGAUCAUUUUCUACUAUUCCAUCUCAGACUUGGUAGAAGAUGGGUUGGGGCCCAACAUCAUUCAGUUCAAUUCUAACAGUUGGUCGAUGUUGAUAGGGGUGGCUGUGACAUCAUUUGAAGGUAUUGGACUUAUCUUACCCAUCGAGGCGUCCAUGUCAAACCCCAAGCAAUUUCCUCGGGUGUUGGCUACUUCCAUGAUCGCCAUCACCCUUUUAUUCACCACUGUGGGGGUCUUGGGUUACUUGACCUUUGGGGAUAAAGUUGAAACCAUCAUCUUAUUGAACUUGCCAUACACCAACAUCUCCAUCAAAGCCAUCUUGAUCUUGUACUCAGUGGCAGUGUUUUUGACGGCCCCAUUACAGUUGUUUCCUGCUAUUAAGAUCUUAGAGAACGUAAUUUUCAACUCGUCGAUGUUCUUCAAGAACGGGAAGCUCUAUAACUCGGGAAAGUUCAACAGCAGAAUCAAGUGGCUAAAGAACAUCUACCGGGUUGCCUUUCUAUUGGUGAUAUGUAUCGUGGCUUACUGCAACUUUGAUAACAUCGACAAGUUUGUCAGUUUCAACGGGUGUUUUGCCUGUAUUCCAUUGGUUUAUAUCUACCCACCAUUGAUCCACUUGAAAACAUUGGGAAGCUCCACCAGAGACAAGAUAUACAAGUCUUUAGACUACACGUUGGCCAUCAUCGGGGUGGUAGUGGUUAUUUAUUCUACAUACCAAAUCUUAUUCUUAAACUAGUCAAUAUACAUCGGUGGGUGCGCACUUUAAAAUGCUCAUCAACGAUCGCGUUCUUAUCUAACUACUCAGUAAGUGAAUUACGGUUUCUGAGGGCAAACACUUCAUCAUGAGCAAGUCAAGACUCAUGUCGUGCCAGCGGUGCCGAAAGAAGAAGAUCAAAUGUAACUAUGAGUAUCCAUGUUCAAAUUGCGUCAAGGGUAAGUUUGAUUGCGUUAAAGUGGUGGAUGACAUGAGAAAAAAGCGGUAUACCGUCAAGUAUGU